AUGGAUGAAGGGAUCAAUCAUGAUCAACUUGCUUUAGAUGCACUUGAACGUCGUCGUGCUGCCUUGGACGAGAUUGACAAUGCCAAGUUUGGCUGGUUCCAUAUUCGUGCUUGUAUCGUCUCAGGUAUCGGUUUUUUCACUGAUGCUUAUGAUAUUUUUGCUAUCAACCUGGUCUCUGCUAUGAUCGGUUUCGUUUACUUCCAAGAUAAUGGCAACAAGACUCCUUAUAACGUUGAUACUGCUAUCAAAGUUUCCUGCUCUGUUGGUACUGUCGUCGGUCAACUCUUGUUUGGCUGGCUCGCUGAUCGUGUGGGUCGUAAGAGAAUGUAUGGUGUUGAAUUGAUGAUUAUUAUUAUCGGUACUAUCGGCCAAGCCCUCGUUGGCAAUGGUCCUGCUGCUUCCUUCUGGGGUGUGAUCACGUUCUGGCGUAUCAUUGUCGGUAUUGGUAUCGGUGGUGACUAUCCUUUAUCCUCUGUCAUUACAUCUGAAUUUGCUACAACCAAGCGCCGUGGUGCCAUGAUGGCUGCUGUCUUUGCCAUGCAAGGUAUCGGUCAAGUCACUGCUGGUCUCGUCGGUUUGGUCGUUACUGCUGCAUUCCAAAGUGCCAUCAAGGCUGAUCAAACAAAGCUUGACUACGUUUGGCGUAUCGUCAUUGGUCUUGGUGCCAUUCCCGGCUGCUGCGCUCUCUACUAUCGUUUGACCAUUCCCGAAACUCCUCGAUUCACCAUUGACGUUGAACAAAAGGUCGAAAAGGGUAUCCGUGAUGCCAAGGCCUUUAUCGAAAAGGGUGCCUCUGCUGGUGACUACACUGACAACAUUGCCGUCUCUCGUGUUGAAACCUCUCCCAAGGCCUCAUGGGCUGACUUUUGCCAACACUUUGGUAAGUGGGAAAAUGGUAAGGUCUUGUUUGGUGCUGCCUACUCUUGGUUUGCCCUUGAUGUUGCCUGGUACGGUCUUGGUCUCAACAACUCUAUCAUUCUUACCAACAUCGGUUUUGGUGGCUCCAGCGACCCUUACACCGCUGUCUUCCGUGUCUGUGUUGGUAAUGUGAUCAUCAACUUGCUUGGUUCCGUUCCUGGCUACUGGAUCUCUGUCUUCACUAUUGAUAAACUCGGUCGUAAGCCCAUCCAGAUCAUGGGUUUCAUCAUGCUCACCAUCAUGUUUGUCAUCCUUGGUUUCGGUUAUGAAAAGAUUCUUGCUACCUCUAAUGUUCUCUUCAUCGUUCUCUACACCAUCACUCAAAUCUUCUUUAACUUUGGCCCCAACACAACUACUUUCAUUGUUCCUGGUGAAUGUUUCCCUACUCGUUACAGAUCCACCGCUCACGGUAUCUCAGCUGCUUCUGGUAAGAUUGGCUCUAUCAUUGCCCAAGUUGGUUUUGGUCUCUUGAAGGAUAUUGGUGGUCCCAACAAGUGGAUCAACCACUUGCUUCAAGUCUUUGCCUUAUUCAUGCUUACUGGUGUCUUCUCUUCCUUCCUCAUCCCUGAAACCAAAGGAAAGACUCUUGAAGAGUUAUCCGGUGAACUUCCUCCUAGACAAAACACUGACGAACAAGUCAAGGGUGUUUACUAA